AUUUGUACGCGAACCGCUCGACCAAACGAUCCUCGAAACGGAAUGAAAGAAGUCCACUGGGCGUUUAACAAGGAAGGGAGGGGGAGAGGAGUGGCGGGUGUUCUUGGGGGAUCGCUUAAACGUCAAUUAACAUAUUACAUCCGGGUUUCGAAGACCUACAUCGAUCCGAAUUUCAAGGAACCAAUUGCCAAUGUAACUGCUCCAGUUGGAAGAGAAGCAAUUUUGUCUUGCGUGGUUCAAGAUUUAGCUGAAUAUAAAGUGGCAUGGCUGCGCGUGGACACUCAAACGAUAUUGACGAUAGCCAGCCACGUGAUCACGAAGAACCAUCGAAUAGCGGUUUCUCACAGCGAUCACCGAACGUGGUUCCUCCACAUACGAGAGGUGAAGGAAUCCGACAGAGGAUGGUACAUGUGCCAGAUUAAUACGGAUCCGAUGAAGAGUCAAACCGGAUAUCUCGAGGUUGUCGUUCCGCCUAAUAUUCUGGACUACCCGACCAGCACAGACAUGGUGGUGCCGGAAAACAGUAAAGUGACUUUACACUGCGAAGCGACAGGAUCACCGGGGCCGAACAUCACCUGGCGACGCGAGGACGGCAAGUCGAUACUCCUGGGAAACGGGACGAAUGUCAACUACGUGGAGGGGCCAAAUUUCAAUAUAUCGAAAGUUGAUCGAUCGCACAUGGGUUUCUACCUUUGCAUCGCGAGCAAUGGCGUGCCACCAUCGGUCAGCAAAAGAAUCAUGCUCACCGUCCAAUUUCCGCCCAUGAUUUGGGUGCAGAAUCAAUUGGUGGGCGCCCAGGAGGGACAACAGUUGACUCUCGAGUGCCUCUCAGAGGCUUAUCCCAAAUCCAUCAAUUAUUGGACAAGGGAUAAGGACGAAAUAGUUCCGCAAGGGGGGAAAUACGAACCCACGCUGGUGGACAACGCGUACAAAGUUCACAUGAAGUUGACGAUAAAUUCGGUCGGUCCGUCAGAUUUUGGAUCGUACAAGUGCGUGUCUAGAAACGCAUUGGGGGACACCGAUGGAACCAUCAAAGUUUAUCCAAUCGCAUCCUCGAACUCUACCGGAAGCACGACAAGAUACAAAGGUAAACUGAGGCAUAAUUCGGGAAACGAUAUUUUCGAAGGAAAUCAGGAUAUGUUGAAAGAAAGAGAUCUGAAGUUACGUGGCCGGAAAGAAACGAGCGGAAACGAGGAGGACGAUUACGAGGAUUCGGGCGCUGCGUCGAGCAAAAACUCUUUCAGCUUGAUUUUCGUCCUGGUCACAUUCUCCAUUUACCUCCGCCAUCACCCUCAGUUAAGAACGUUGCAUCCGGCUUGAGGAUCGGCCCGCGUGCCGGCCGAUCAUCGUCGGAUCCUACUUUCGAUCGCGAGCCAUCGAAAAUUUGUAAAUCCACUUAGAAACCCAUCGUCGCUCAGGGACUCUAUAUUUCGAGGAUAAAAAUUUUAUCGUAUUUCAUCAUCCGCGCUGACCACGCUCAUCACACAAUUGUAUUAUAAAAAAAAGACAUUGAUUGCUAUUAUUAUUAUUAUUAUUAUUAUUAUUAUUAUUAUUAUUAUCAUUAUUAUUAUUAUUAUUAUUAUCAUCAUCACUGUCAUUGUGUAACUUGAUAUUAGUUAAAUCGUAAGUAUAAAGAAAAGAAAAAAAAGAAGAAAAGAAAAAAAAGAAAAGAAACUGUAAUUUCGUAGAGUUAAGGAUGAAAACGUCGUUUUCAUCAUGGCGGACAUUACGUGGCGAGCAAUAAGUAAUAAGAGGUCCUGUUCUGGAAUUGAAUUUAAUAAGUGUGCAACGAGAGUCUGGGAUCAUGCUCAAAUGGUGAAUGAUAUUUCGAGCUAGUCAAUAUUGAAUUUUAUUCGUUGCUUGAUCACUUUAGGUAUAUAGUUUUAGCAAUGUGUUUUAUUUUUUAAUUUAAGAUU